CAGCAGUGACGCAAUUGUUCAAUGCCACUUUAUCCAUAGCAAUAAAAUGAGUUUGCUCACUCGGUCAGAAAUGAUGACACAGUCUAAUUUGAUUCGACAGCUUAGAUAUUCAUGGUGGCAAACGACACUUACACCUCGGCCACAGCACAGCUUGCACGGCAUCGGCCAAUAGGGUGCGUCACUACUCGGCUCACCGUCUUCGAGAACAAGACUUUACGCCAACGGAAAUUGUACCUAUAUGACCGGGUCUUAUCGCUCUGUCAGCGAUGCCAUCGGCAUAGUGACGGCAAUGCGAGCCGGGUCGGAGCAUGGCAGAAACCUGGACGGGCGGAACCACGGCAUCUGCAGCUGGGCGGAUACAAAAAUAUACUGCCAGAUGUAUUAGAACGCAUUUGGGGUAAAUUUCCAGCAAGGAUCGUUUCUACAAUCUCCCGCGAUGCGCGGGGCUUUCUCGACUUCCACCUGCGGGAUUUGAUUUACGACUCGGUAGACCAUGCGACCUCGCCCCUGGAAGCGUCUAGGACCAUGGUAUCAAUAAUUUUUUACGUGUCUCCCCAGCAAGCGGCCCGAUGAAAUCUCCUAUUCGAAGUCGCCGGUAAACAGUCGUUAGGAUUCUGAACCAGCGCUUCCCCAGCAUGUGUUGGCAGCCUUGCCACCAUCAGAAGGACCCCAAUGCAUGUUGUCCAGCUUGCUUCGCCACACACAAGCUUCUCGCGGCGUCGCAGAAGACAUCCGUGCACACACAGUCAAGGUAAACGCGAACCUUGAUCAAAGACGCGUCCACUCCG